UAACAGAGCACAAUAAUCCAAAUGUCCCAAUUUUUUAAACUUAUUUAUCAAAUCUCUACGAUCGAUUUGUUGUAAGAGUUCAGAUGCUUCAAUGGAGGGAGAAGGUUAAGGAGGAAGAUGGCUUAUUUUGAUCGCAACUUCCACACUCUUGAAGAGUACAUCACCCCUCCACCCACGGUAUGUGUUGAUAAUGAUACUUAUGGAGACCGCACAGUUAUCAAGGUGAGCUGUGUGAACAGGCAUGGAUUACUAGUAGACAUAGUUCAGGCCCUCAUCGAUCUCGACCUCAUCAUCUCCAAAUCCUACAUGUCCUCUGAUGGGGAUUGGAUAAUGGAUGCAUUUGAAGUCACUGAUGCGCUGGGCAACAAACUCAUAGAGCCGACCCAAAUCCGUUAUAUAGAAGAGUCAUUAUCUUUUGCCGAGGGACGUGGAGGACCAACGCGCCGGCCGCCGGAGGAGGUGAAGACAUGCCUUGACAACCUGGCGGGGGCGGGCCACCUCGCCUCUGAUCACAUUAUGCUUGAGAUGACGGUGGGCGUCGAUCACUCCGGCAUCUCCGAGGUGCUGGCCACCCUACUGCUCGAUUACCAUUUGGAGGUUGACUUUUGCGUGGCCUGGAUGCACAAUGGCCUCACCGGUUGCAUUCUGUGCAUCGUCGAUCUGGAGCUUCACAUCUCAUCCAACGCUGCCCGGCUGGCAGAGUUGGAGAAGCAACUGAGGCGGGUGGUUGGGGCCCAUUACUGCAGGGGUAGCUCCGAGAAAUGGCGGUUGCGUAUUUCCCGGCCAUCGUUGGUUGAUGGCGCGCAUGCGGAGCGACGGCUUCAUCAGAUGAUGCGAGAGGAGAAUGACUGGGAAGGAAUGGGAAUGGCCGGCGGGGAUCUGCAAUCGGCUGUUGUUGUGACGGCGGAGGAGAUGGAGGUGUCGGUGAAUAACGUGAAGAAGAAGGACAAUUACAUGGUGAAGGUGACGGUGAGGAGCCGAGACCGUCCCAAGCUGCUAUUUGAUGUGGCUUUCACGCUCCUGGACUUGAAUUACGACGUAGUCCACGCAUCAGUCAGCACGGAAGAAAGCAUUGCCCUUCAAGAAUACUAUAUAAAGAAGCAAGAUGGUAGGUCGAGGGUGACGGAGAUGGAGAGGGAGAGGCUGAUUGUGUGUCUGGUGGCGGCUGCAGAACGACGGCCGGGGCCUUGGGGGAUGAGGGUGAAGGUGAGAGUGGUGGAGUACCGGGAUAGUUUGUUGUGGAACAUCACGAGGGUUUUUCGAGAGAAUGGAAUGUUGGUGGUGGGGGCGAAGUGGGCCAAGCGUGGAGCUUUUGCGGGUGGUCUUUUUUAUUUGAAGGGCGGCUCAUCCACCGGAGAUGUGGCUCACGGGUUGAUGCAGGCGUUGCGCAGCGAAAUCAGCGGCUGCAACUUCGAAAUGAAAGAUGGCGGUGGUGCGGGAUGGUAACAUAAGGAUGCAAAAUAUGUAUAGACAUCUGUUCUGCUAAUUGGUCUAUGAUUAAACAUCUGCGUUCUAACUUUAGAUUUUGAUUGUCAAAUGUUUAUGGAGACAUAAAUCUUUGAACAUUGUUUCUAAUUUAUUUUUUUUAGGUAAUGGAUUUAUAGUUUCUCAGUUA